GAAAUAUUUUGAAGUGCGUUUGUAUUCAUCUCGUCCUCUGAAUCAAAACAUUUGGCAACAAGUUCCAAACAAUUUGCCUCAUAAUGGCUUAAGAGGAAGAGGACAAUCCAAGUGAAACGAGUGGAUUUUAUCGUAUUAGACAUAUCAAUACCCAGGUGACAAUAAUAAUAUUAUCAAAAUUCCAUACGAUUACAUACCAUUGGAUAAGAUACAACCACGCCAUUUUGUUUACCUACAGAGACAGAUUCAAAAGAUUUUUCAGUGUCAACUGCCUAAAUCUGACGUUUCAUUAACAUUCCGAUUGCUUUUUGUGGCUUCUAUCAUGCCUUCAAUAAGUCCUGUUCAGUCACUUAGUCCAGAUCACGACAAGGAGUUGAAAGAGGAAGACAAUCAAACUCCUGAAAUUUCUGGCUCUUUAAAAUCACGGUUCUCUCCCAGCUCGACUUUCAGCAAGAGACUAAAAGCCGCCCGGAAACUGAUUCCUUCCUACCCUGGUAGAGCAAAAUUAGUUCGAUUAGUGAGUGAGAGUAGCACUUUGGUGACGAAGACAGACAACGAGAGAAUACACUCUAGAGCAGAAAAUAAAAGUUGCACAACAAGUCAAGAUUUUGGGACGUUUUUCUUGAGAGCAUGCCAUCAUAGUGGAAUAGUAAGUGGGUUUUUCUUCUCUUAUUCACUGAUUAAAUGGUUCCUGAAAUAUAAAGCUACAUAUUCUGACUCUUUCAGGCAAGUCCUUAAAUUUAUGAAAAGUUGCUUCUAUAGCAUAGACACCUGGGGUGCUACAAAUGAACAAGCUGUUAAUCUAGUACAUGAUAGCUGUGAAGAAUUCAAAGAAAGAGCAAAGCAAUGUGCAGCAGAAGCCUUAGAUUUAUUUGAUUCUGAGGUUAAACAAGACAGCAGCUCAGAUGAUGAUGGAAAUGUGUUGCGGCAGAAGAAUCUCAGUGAUUUGGCAUUCAUGGAAGGCAAACGAAUGAUGCUAGCUAAGGUGAGAUUGAAUUUAGUGUUAACUUAUUCAUAUUUACUGUAA